AUGUUGUCCUUAGCUUCCAAGCGCGCCUUGCCAUCCACCUUGAGAACCUCCGUCAGAGCCUUUUCUGUUUCCAGAGUUGCCAUGACUGAAGGUGCCAUCAACCAGGCCAACGACGCCUUCUCUGAAAAGGAAAGAGCCCAAGAAAACAUAUACAUCAAGAAACACGAAGCCGAACAAUUGAAGGCUUUGAAGGAAAAGUUGGAAAAGCAAAAGGAAACCAUUGAGAAGUUGGAGAAGGAAAUCGGAGAUAUCAAGAAGUAAGUCGUUAGACAUCGGUAGCAGCGAUGGCGUAUAGAAGAAGUCCGCUUGAAAUUGGUUGAUUUAUCGCAGAUUUGAUUUUCAAUUAUAUUGAAGAAUUGGUUUUAUUGAGGAAUUGAUGUUUUAAGUGAGUCCUGAUCCGUCGAUACGUUUGUUGUGCUAGGUACUUUACAAUAUAUUCAGUCCAUUGAUGGUUUACGUAUUUGCAUUUUUUUAUGAAAUGGGUUUUGUUUUUUGUGAGAUAACAGAGAAAACAAGCUAUUUGUGAAUUCUUAGAAGAGACAUCCAUAUAUGGGUGCUGAGACGAACAAAAUAAGUUAUUAGAAACUGUAGGUAUGAAUAUACACCAGUUUUG